AUGACAAAGUAAACUUAUUUUCUUUAUCAUUGCAACUAGUCACCUUUCUUUUUAACACUUUUGCCUACCCUUUUCUUCCAUUACCUUUAACACUUUGAUCCUCAGCAUCUCUAGGAGUUUAUAUUCACUCCAACUCGAUGUGCAAGGUUUUCAAAUCACAACCAUUAUAUGAAUAAACAUCCCAACUGGGUCUCUACAUAGAAUCACAGCAGCCCCUCACACAACAAUGGCCAAAUCAGCUUCUAAAUGCCUCUUCUUAUUCUUUUUGUCUUUCCUCUGUAAUAGUUCAUCAGGAACUCUGGUAGGUUUCUCCUACCAUGCUAAUGGAAACACUACAACUUCAUCACCAAGUAGAACAAUAUCAUUUCUGAAGCGAAACAAGAUUGCCCCGUCCCAGAUUCGAGUCUUUGUUGAAGAUCAUAGGAUUUUAAGAACUAUAUCUAACACUGGUGUAGCUAUUGAUCUCUACUUGAAUGAGGGCCAUCUUCAAAAUAUCAUAAAUUCCAGAUCCACUUCAAUCUCAGGGCUGAAAUCCUAUAUAAUGCCCUUUCUCUCACAAGUAAAGAUCAAAAGCAUCGUAGCAACUAGUGGUGACUAUACAAGAAAGUAUGCUCUCUCUAUGCUUUUAACCACCCUGAAAUCUAUACACUCAGUCCUCUCUAGUUUCCCUGCUGACCGUGGAAUUAAGGUCUCGGUGGCAUUUCCGUUGUCAUAUUUAGAAAAUGUGAGCACCUCACAUAGAAGAGACCUGCAUAGGAUUUGUGACUACAUCAAACAAGUGAAAUCUGCUGUCAUUGUAGAAGCCAAAAUUGAUGGAGAACUGAGUAUGGGUGAAAGGUAUGUCCAUGCGAUGAUCAAAAGAGCCAGCCUUGCAAGCUCUCUUUUUCCUUGCAAUGAUGUCCCCAUUGUCUUGACAGUCAAGAGUCCAGCAGUUCCAAGUGCAACUGAAGUAGCUGCAUUCGCCGAUGAGGUUUCCAAAGCUUUAGAAAAUACCACUCACAUUUUAAGUAGCAUAGUUGGGCUGUAUGCACAAGUAUCUCCAAUGGAAGAUUUUGCAGAGAAAGAAAUGAAAAGAGCAGAAGAACAGCUCUUUCCUUCUUCUCGCCGAGAACUCUUGAGGAAUUUCCACCUCAAAACAACUUUACAUGAAGCAGAUGACUCACCAACAAUCUUCCCUACAACUCCCAUUUCCACAACACCACCAGUAUCCACCACUCCAUACAUUCCCACACCAACUAUUGUCACUGUCCCCUCUACAAACCCUGUAACAAUAGCCCCACUUAAUCCUAUGCCCUCCACCACACCUAUUACAGUGCCCUCCACAAACCCUGUAUAUUCACCAAUACCAGAAGCCAAUCCAACCACAGCACCCCCCAUCACAGUCCCAGGGACUCCAGUAAUAACCAACCCUGUCACAACUUACCCGGCACCAACUGGAGUCGUUCCUGUCACGACACCUGUCACAAAUCCAGUGGCACCUCCUGCAACAAGUACUAAUGCUCCUGCAGUUCCAGGCCAGAGUUGGUGUGUGGCCAAGACUGGAGCUUCACAAACAGCAGUUCAAGCUGGUUUAGACUAUGCUUGUGGAAAGGUAGACUGUUCACAGCUCCAACAAGGUGGGAGUUGUUUCAAUCCAAAUACUCUCCAAAACCAUGCAUCUUAUGCAUUCAACAGCUAUUAUCAGAAGAAUCCGGUUGCAACUAGCUGUGAUUUUGGAGGGGUGGCCACAAUAGUUGCUACUAAUCCAAGCUCUGGUUCAUGUACUUACCUAUCAUCUUCGUCGUCAUCAACAACAACCCCAACCCCAACACCAACAACUCCAUCUCCUCCAGUAUCAACAACUCCAUUUCCUCCAGUAUCAACAACUCCAACUCCAGAACCAACAACUCCACUACCAGCAUCAACAACACCUCCAGCACCAACAUUUACAUCAUUUCCACCACCAGGGGAAGGUGUAUCGGGCUCUGCUACUCCACCUUCAGUUUUAAAUUCAAGCAACCCAGCAUCUUCAGGAACCAUGCCACAGUUUGGGAUGGACAGCCCUCCUGGUUUUAACAGCUCAACAUCCUCUGCAGCUUGCUUGCGGCCCUUUGUUAGUUACAUCUUUUUGGUAACAGCCUUGGUUACUAAAAAAAUCCUUCUUAACAUGUAGAAGUAUAAUCUCAUCUCCGUGUGAGGUUACUUCUAGCUGUGUAAAUAACUACGUAUGCAAGCAAGAGAAGAAAGUGGAGGAAGCAUGUUCUAGAUGAAGGUAAACUCUUCUACAUCUAAGUAGGGCUGCUAUGGAAGUAUGAAACUACAAUGUUACUCGUGGGGGUUGAGAGGUGUUAUAGAGUUUUGUCAGUUUGUACAUCUUUUGGUUCAGAGUAUUGUAGUUCUAUCUAUGAGGUCAGGGUAGUAGAUCUGAAGUUUAUAUUGCUUCAGAAAUGUAUUAACAGCGCAUUAAUAGUGAUGACCAUUCAAUUUC